AUGGUAGGAGGAAAUGUCUUUGAGUUGGGAUUCUUCAGUCCUUGGAAUGGGAGCUCUACAAUGAAUUACUAUGUGGGUAUAUGGUACAAAAGAAUUUCGGUACAAACUGUUGUUUGGGUAGCCAAUCGAGAUUACCUACUCACAGAUCCUUCUGCGGUUCUUAGCAUCAGCGCUGAUGGAAACCUCGCGAUAGUGAAGGGAAAAUUUUUGUACAUGUUGACUAACAUAUCAUCAAAUGGCAACACUAGUGCUGCCCUUUUGGAUUCAGGAAAUCUUGUUUUGAGAGACAGGACAUCUGGUGAGUUACUAUGGCAAAGCUUUUGA